UCAGACGGAGUAAUGUUUGAUAUUUGUUACGUUCUUUCGGCUGGGCGAACAAAUCUAUACUCAUAGACUUUGUCGUUUGACCAGAUUGACAACACCAUGUUGUCCCUGUCCGAACACUCUGUGUAUCCCCACGAUAUUCUCUCUGUGUGGUUCUGUUUGCUGACAGUAUCCCAAGCGUACGUUAAUAUUGCCCUCAACAAACCAGCAUACCAACAGUUCCCUGCACUAGGUGACGACACAAUUGACGCCAGUAACGCUGUAGACGGACGUAAGUCAGACCUGAGUGAGAGGGGAGGUCAAUGUGCUGGAUCAUAUCCCACACAAACUGCCACCUGGUGGUUGGACCUGACAAGGAUCCACAGCAUCCAUCACAUUACCAUCUACUUCCUGACGAACAAUAAUCCAUGGGGUCCUUCUAAUGAGCUCACAAAGUACUUUCUUGGAUUCUUGGUGUACGUCUCGAAUACAACAGACAGACUACAGGGAACACUGUGUUACAAGGACGACAACUUUACAAGGGACACUAUACCUGCUGUCUUCACCACCACUUGUCCUGUACAUGGACAGUACGUCAUCUAUUACAACGAGAGACUACCCGGAGCUACCUACCCUGACGAGUACUCUGAUUAUAUUUUCAGUGACCUCUGUGAAGUGGAGGUGUAUGGAUGUUAUUCUACCGGAUAUUUUGGAUCCAACUGUUCCUUUCCCUGUCCAGACGUCAACUGUCAGUACUGUCACAUAGAGACGGGCACCUGUCAGGGCUGUAUGCCUGGAUACAAAGGUCACCGAUGUGAAUUAGCUUGUGAAGGACGGUCUUAUGGUGCUGGUUGCAAAGAAGCAUGUGGAUACUGCCGUGACGUUAACCAGUGUUCCAAUAUUAAUGGGACUUGUUUAACUGGAUGUGAUGCUGGUUUUAAAGGAGACUUCUGUAAAACUGUAUGUGACAGAGGUUCGUAUGGUUCUGAAUGCAAUGAAACAUGUGGACACUGUCGUGACGUGAACCAGUGUUCCAAUAUCAAUGGGACAUGUCUGACUGGGUGUUAUGCUGGUUAUCAAGGGGACUUGUGUCAAACAUCAUGUGACAGAGGGUCGUAUGGAUUUGAAUGCAGGGAAACAUGUGGACACUGUCGUGACGUAGACCAGUGUUCAAAUAUAAAUGGGACAUGUUUGACUGGAUGUGGUGCUGAUUUUCAAGGAGACUUGUGUAAAACCCCUUGCCCUGUUGGAUAUUUUGGACAAGACUGUUCUGAGAUGUGUAUCAACAGCUACGCCAGUUACACAUGUGGUGGUUGUAACGAUGUCAGUGGUUCAUGCGAUUAUGAGUGCCCUCCUGGCUGGAUUGGUUACUUCUGUCAAAAAAGUAAUAAUCUCAUUUACACGCAUAUUUUCAUUUAAAUUUUUGUUUAA